AUGGCGGGUAACCGGGAGGCGUUCCGCGUGGCGGUGGGGAACACGCUCGAGCGGCGCCUCUUCUACGUGCCGUCCUUCAAGAUCUACGGAGGCGUCGCGGGGCUCUAUGACUACGGGCCGCCAGGUGACAGACAAAAGUCACAAUUCAGUGUUAUUGAGAUGUGCACUCAACAUUGCCCCUAUGAUAAUAACAAGCAUUUUGUGUUGGAGGAAGGGAUGCUUGAGGUAGACUGUCCAUGUGUGACACCAGAAGUUGUCUUGAAGGCCUCUGGCCAUGUCGAAAAGUUUACGGACUUGAUGGUUAAAGAUGAAAAGACAGGCAGCUGUUAUCGUGCUGAUCACUUACUCAAGGAUUUCUGUAAGGAGAAGCUCGAGAAUGACAAUACAUUGUCACCAGAGAAGGUAGAAGAAUUAAACUAUAUUCUUGCUGUCUUGGAUGAUCUGUCAGCAGAACAAUUAGGCGCUAAGAUUAAGGAGUAUGGGAUUGUUGCUCCUGACACAAAGAAUCUAUUGUCAGAUCCAUACCCCUUUAAUCUCAUGUUUCAGACUUCCAUUGGACCGUCAGGUUUGAGUGCAGGGUAUAUGAGGCCAGAGACAGCACAGGGCCUUCUAAGAGUCCGUGAAUUUACGUUGGCGGAGAUUGAGCACUUUGUGGACCCAGAGGACAAGUCUCAUCCAAAGUUUAGUGAUGUUUCUGAUCUAGAGUUCCUGAUGUUUCCGAGAGAAGAUCAACUGACAGGAAGAUCUGCCACUAGACUUAGGCUCGGUGAAGCUGUUUCUGAGGGAACUGUGAACAAUGAGACCCUUGGCUUCUUUAUUGGAAGGGUCUAUCUCUUCUUGACGCAGCUUGGGAUUGACAAAGACCGUCUACGGUUCCGGCAGCAUCUGCCAAAUGAAAUGGCUCACUAUGCUGCUGAUUGUUGGGAUGCAGAGAUCGAAUGCUCUUAUGGGUGGAUCGAGUGUGUUGGAAUUGCUGAUAGGUCAGCGUAUGACUUGCGUGCCCACUCGGAUAAAAGUGGUGUUCCACUCGAAGCUCAUGAAAAAUUCGCAGAACCCAGAGAAGUGGAGAAGUUAGUUAUAACCCCAUCAAAGAAGGAGCUUGGUCUUGCGUUCAAAGGGAGCCAGAAGAUGGUUCUCGAAGCAUUGGAAGCCAUGGGUGAAACUGAAGCUCUGGGUAUGAAAGCAGCUUUAGAGUCUAAAGGGGAUGUUGAGUUUAAGGUCUGUACCCUUGGGAAGGAUGUUACCAUAAAGAGAAAUAUGGUUUCAAUUAACAUGGAGAAGAAAAAGGAACAUCAAAGGAAGUUCACUCCUUCUGUCAUAGAGCCAUCAUUUGGCAUAGGGAGAAUUAUUUAUUGCUUGUUCGAACAUUGCUUCUAUCAAAGGACUGGCAAGACAGAUGAUGAGCAGUUGAAUGUGUUUCGUUUUCCCCCUCUUGUUGCUCCAAUUAAGUGUACUGUGUUUCCACUGGUCAAGGUCGAGAAAUUUGAUGUUGUUGCCAAGAAAAUUUCAAAAGCUUUGACAACAGCAGGGAUUUCUCACAUUAUCGAUAUCACAGGCACUUCGAUUGGUAAGCGGUAUGCACGGACAGACGAAAUCGGCGUCCCCCUGGCGAUCACAGUCGACUCAACUACAAGUGUGACUGUCCGUGACCGGGACAGCAAGGAUCAGAUCCGUGUUGAGGUCGACGAGGUGGCUUUGGUUGUGAAGGAAGUGACCGAUGGGCAGAGCACCUGGGCAGACAUCAUGUGGAGAUACCCAGCACAUACCGCCUUGGCCACCGAUGAGGAAGAAGCUUCAGAAACCUGA